GACUCUGUCUUUCUCUCAUUCUUUUACUCUGGUUACAAUAAUGGGAAACACAUCUUCAUGCGCACCAUUGAUCAUAUCAUCACAUUCAUCAUCAGGAGUAGUCAAAAUCUUAUCUCCUUUCACCGGAACGCUAGAUGUCUUCUCAAAACCCAUCAAGACUUCCGAUAUCGUCUCUCAGAACUCCACUCACUUUAUCACCGACUCAACUUUGCUCCAAAUAGGACACCGAGUCACCGCCGUAUCUUCCCACGAGAUUUUGCGGCCUAGACGACAUCUCUACCUCCUCCUUCCGACAGACAUGCUAUUCUCUGUCUUAACACAAGAAGAGCUCGAUCUCAUCUCGGAAAAAUCAGCAGAGAUACUCAACGAAAGUAGGUAUAACCAUUUGAAGAGAAUGUUCCCUGUUUGUAUGUUUCCAGUGUCCGGAGAUAGAAGAAGAAACUCAACGUCGGUUAACGAAGAUGAUCAUCAUGAUCAUGCAGGUGUGGAAAUAAGAGAAACCCUAGAAGAAAAGGUAAUAUACGAAUCUAAAUAUGGAUCUUGGAGGCCUGGACUGGAGACGAUCGUGGAGAGCUAAAAUGAAUAAAAUCUUGAGGAUUGUUAAAUACUUUUAUAUAUUAUCAGUCGUAGACGAUUAUUUUUGGUUCUUUAUAUUUU